AUGGGCAAAAAGCAAUCAUCCGGUCCAAAUACGGAGUUUAUCGAUUUAACAUUGUCGAUGGGAUCAGGAGUAACGGACGACACGUGGAGAAAGGCACAAAGCCUGCUUCUGCACAGCGGCCAACCAUGCAUGCAAGACUCAACCUAUCCGCUUUCUGAUAAGCAGCCGUGGGUCGCGACGGCCGGGACGAAAGCCGGCACCAAACUCUCUCACAAGCAGCUGAUUGAGGACCGAGCUGAAAGUUUGGCGGCUCUGUCCAGCUGGGCCUGCCUUGUCUACUCAACCGAUAUUUAG